CGAGCGCCGGGGCGGGGAGAGGUGCGCCCCACCCGGCCCUGCCCGGCGCGCAUGCGCAGGGCUCCGGGCGCUGAAAUUCAAAUUUGAACGGCUGCGGGAGGCCGAGUCUGACACUGGAGGCCGAGGAGAAAAGAGGUUGGGAGAGUCCCUCCGCCCUGGACUCCUUGUUUUCUCCGGGAGAUACGCUGAGCCGAGAGUCACUUCUUUUCUUUUCCUGAAUUUGAACCACCUUCUCCAUUGUCCUGUAGUCGAUACGCGGCGCCUGGGGCGAUGGACCCGUUUACGGAGAAACUGCUUGAACGAACCCGUGCCAGGCGAGAGAAUCUUCAGAAAAAAAUGGCUGAGAGGCCCACACCCGCAGCGAGGUCAAUGAUUCAUGCUAAGCGAAGUAGAGAGCCGCUUUCCGAAGCAAGCAACCAGCCGCCCCCAUCUGGUGGUGAAGAGAAAUCUUGUACAAAACCGUCACCAUCAAAAAAACGCUGUUCUGACAACGCUGCAGAAGCAGUUUCUAACUUGGAAAAUAAGCAACCAGUUGAGUCAGUGUCUGCAAAAUCUUGUUCUCCAAGUCCUGUGUCUCCUCAGGCUCAGCCACAGGCACCAGCUGCUGUCAGUGACUCUGUGGCGGUGCCAUCACCUCCACUGGUCGCAAGGAGAGGGCUGACCUCGAGACUGGAAGGAACUGCAGCCUCCUCAGUUAAAACGCGUAUGCAGAAACUUGCAGAGCAGCGACGCUGUUGGGAGAAUACGGAUAUGACAGAUGAUAAACCAGAAAGCUCGCUGUUCUCACCAAUGCCAUCAGAGGAAAAGGCUGCCUCCCCUCCCAAACCACCAGUUUCAGAUGCCUCAGCAACUCCACUUGGGAGAAGGGGCCGUCUGGCCAACCUUGCUGCAACUAUUUGCUCUUGGGAAGAUGAUGUAAAUCACUCAUCUGCAAAGCAAAACAGUGUACAAGAACAGCCUGGUACCACUUGUUUAUCCAAAUUUUCCACUGCGAGUGGAGCAUCUGGUAAGAUCAAUAGCAGCAGUGUUAAGCAGGAAGCUACAUGCUGUUCCCAAAGGGAUGGCGAUGCCUCUUUGAAUAAAGCCCCAUCCUCGAGGACUGUGGAUGUGUCUUCGAGUAAUGCCUCCAUUUCCAGCUCUGUGAAAGCUCCUUCUUCCCCACUGAAAUCUUCCACUACAUCCAUCAAUGAUGGUAAAAGAUGUGAAGUACAAAAUCCAGAGCUACUUCAAAAAAAUCCUGCUAGUCCUCUGAAAACAGAUGUAUCGAAACCAAUUGUGAAGUCAUCUGUAUCCCAAACAGUGCGGUCCAAAGAAGAACUAAAUAGAGAAAUUUGUCUACAAUCUCAAUCUAAAGACAAAUCUACAACACCAGGAGGAGCAGGAAUUAAGCCUUUCCUGGAACGCUUUGCGGAGCGUUGUCAAGAACACAGCAAAGAGAGUCCAGCUCAUAGUACGCCCCAUAGAACCCCCAUUGUCACUCCAAAUACAAAGGCUAUCCAAGAAAGAUUAUUCAAGCAAAACCCAUCUUCAUCUACUACCAAUGUAGCACAACAGCUCAAGCAGGAACGUGAAAAAGAACUAGCAUGUCUUCGUGGCCGAUUUGACAAGGGCAGUUUAUGGAGUGCAGAAAAAGGAGAAAACUCAAGAGGCAAACAAGAAGAAACCAAAAAGAAAAUUCACUGUCAGAACACUCCCCUCAAAAAAUCUCAAGUUGUUUCAGAUACUCAGUCACUACCAGCGGCGGAAAAGGUGAUAGAAAAUCAGACACCACCAGCAACCUCCAGCACAGAACCUGCAGGUUCCACUGAAUGUGAAAUGACGAAGUCUAGCCCUUUGAAAAUAACACUGUUUUUAGAAGAGGAAAAGUCCUUAAAAGUACCAUCAGACCCAAAGAUUGAGAAGCAGACUGAAGUGGUACGUGAAAUUGAGAUGAGUGUGGAUGAUGAUGAUGAUAUCAAUAGUUCAAAAGUUAUUAAUGACAUCUUCAGUGAUGUCUUAGAAGAAGGUGAGCUGAAUGUGGAAAAGAGUCAAAAGCGGACGGAUCAAGUAGGAGCAGAGAGCAGUGAGGACCAGGAAGAUGCACUGAACAUCUCUUCCAUGUCUCUACUUACUCCAUUAGCACAGACAGUUGGGGUGCUAAGCCCAGAGAGUUUAGUUUCCUCACCUGGAUUAGAAUUAAAAGGCACCAGCGUAAGUGAUGAAAGUCCAAAGCCGGGAAAAUUCCAAAGAACCCGUGUCCCUCGGGCUGAGUCUCGUGAUAGCAUUGAUUCUGAAGAUCGUGACCUCCUUUAUAGCAUUGAUGCAUAUAGAUCUCAAAGAUUCAAAGAAACAGACCGUCCUUCAAUAAAGCAGGUGAUUGUUCGGAAGGAAGAUGUUACAUCAAAAUUGGAUGAAAGAAAGAAUGCCUUUUCCGGUCACGUUAAUAUCAAACAGAAAAUGCAGGACCUCAGUAACGAAAUAAAUUUGCAACAGACUGUGAUUUAUCAAGCUAGCCAGGCUCUUAACUGCUGUGUUGAUGGAGAGCAUGGAAAAGGGUCUCUAGAAGAAGCUGAGGCAGAAAGACUUCUUCUAAUUGCAACUGAGAAGAGAACACUUUUGAUUGAUGAAUUGAAUAAAUUGAAGAGUGAAGGACCUCAGAGAAGGAAUAAGACUGGUCCCAUAUCCCAAAGUGAAUUCGUCCCAUCCAAAGGAUCAGUUACUUUGUCAGAGAUCCGCUUGCCUCUAAAAGCAGAUUUUGUCUGCAGUACAGCCCAGAAACCAGAUGCAGCAAAUUAUUAUUACUUAAUUAUACUAAAAGCAGGAGCCGAAAAUAUGGUGGCCACACCAUUAGCAAGUACUUCAAACUCCCUUAAUGGAGAUGCUCUGGCAUUCACUACUGUGUUUACUCUGCAAGAUGUGUCCAAUGACUUUGAAAUUAAUAUUGAAGUUUACAGCUUGGUACAAAAGAAAGAUCCCUUAGGCCCUGAUAAGAAGAAAAAAACAUCCAAGUCCAAGGCUAUUACUCCAAAGCGACUCCUCACAUCUAUAACCACAAAAAGCAACCUUCAAUCGUCAGUUAUGGCUAGUCCAGGUGGUCUCAAUGCUGUACGCACCAGCAACUUUGCCCUUGUUGGGUCUCACAGGCUGUCAUUAUCUUCAUUAGGAAACACUAAGUUUGCCCUGGACAAGAUAAAUUGUGAUGUAAAAGAGCGAGAGCUACUGGGCUAUUUGUUCCAGGAAAAGGUACCCUUUUUAUCUCCUUUGGAAGGCCAUAUUUAUUUAAAAAUAAAGUGCCGAGUAAAUUCAAGUGUUGAAGAAAGAGGCUUUCUAACCAUAUUUGAAGACGUUAGUGGUUUUGGUGCCUGGCAUCGACGAUGGUGUAUUCUUUCUGGAAACUGUAUCUCUUAUUGGACAUAUCCAGAUGAUGAGAAACGAAAGAGUCCAAUAGGAAGGAUAAAUUUGGCAAAUUGUACCAGUCAUCAGAUAGAACCAGCCAACAGAGAAUUUUGUGCAAGACGCAACACUUUUGAGUUAAUUACUGUCCGACCACAAAGAGAAGACGACCGAGAGACUCUUGUCAGUCAAUGUAGAGAUACACUCUGUGUCACCAAAAACUGGCUGUCUGCAGAUACUAAAGAAGAGCGGGAUCUCUGGAUGCAAAAACUCAAUCAAGUUCUUGUUGAUAUUCGCCUCUGGCAACCGGAUGCUUGCUACAAACCUAUUGGAAAGCCAUGAACCGUGGAACAUUACUUCUGCCAUACCAUGUAGAUAGAGGUUUUUUGCUCUGUGUCAUACAUGUAUCUUAAGAAAACACACUUAAGAGCAUCAGAUUUGCUGAUUGCAUUCUGUGCUUUAAAUACGGAAGGGUACGUGCCAAUAUCGACUACAUAUUCUGCAGUAUUUAUAUCUUUUCUAUGUAAACCUUCAACCUUUUCUGUCAUUCAUAAAUGAUUGGAAGUAAAUUCAUUAUAGCUGAUUUUGCUGAAUCUAAAUUUAAAAGCCUCACUUUCCUAGAAAUUUAAUUAGUUAUUCUUGACAAAAAAAAAAAAAAAAAUUUUUUUAAGUAAGAUAUUUUGAGUUGCCUUCUUGGAAAUAUGGGUUCUGAAAUAGGCCUUCCAGAGUUGGAGACAGAAACCUCAGACUUCUGUGAUCACUUCUAGGCUCUGUACUGUUUUUUCCUGAAGGUUAUGAUCAUUUACUGAUCAUGAUGUCUUGUUACUAGAGUAUUAAGAGACUUUACGCAAACAUUUUAGUAAUGGAGGUAAGAAUCUUUUCAAAUAGUAAAUGUAUAUUAGUUUAAAGCUUGAAGCAGCCUUCAUACAAACAUAGGGGAUAUUGCGUGAGAUUUGUGGUUAAAUAUUCUAUAGAGAAGAGUUAAUAAAUAAUCACAUGGUUUACAUACACUCAGUUACUAUAUAUGCAGUGUGAUACACAUUUUCAUAAAAUUUAAGCUUUUUUAAAUAACUAUUUUUGCUAUAUAGCUUACAACGUUCUCAAAUAUAUUUGGCAUAUUUGUUCUUUCUGCUCUUGUAACAAGAACAAAUGUAAAUUGAAGACUCUUUAUAUAUAUAUAAAAAAAAAGUAAACUUCUACCAAGCUGCUAUGGACUAAUACUUUGCUUGCCAAAGUUCUUGUCUUUUUUUUUUUUUCAUGUUCACAUACGACGGUGUCUAGAAACCUAUUUGAAAUCAUUUGAAAAGCAAUUAAGUCAUAUAUUACCUUUAAAAGCCUAAAAUACCUGUCUUUUUAUAUAAAAUAUCGUAAAGCAUGGUCUCAACUUUUAAAUACACUUUUAAUUUUCUUUUCUGACUUACUAAAGUUAUCGAUGACCUCGUUUAUAAACACUAAAUUCUGUCAGCACCUGUCAUUUUUUAUCUAUUCAAAUGUGUUUUUUCUUAUAUGUAUUAUAAAAAUAUAUUUUAUGACCUUUUACCCAAAUAAAUACUUGUG